UGGAGCAGGCGCAGUCAUGGCGUUCUUCCGCGACAUGGAAGACCUGAGCCUGGAGCUGCUGAGCCUGCUGGGCACCAACCGCGCCGAGACGCAGCAGCGGCGGCCGGCGGGGGAGCGCCAAGCCUCUGGGAACAGGACACAGACAGGAAGUGGGGGUGUCUGUUUCCAACCGGGGGCGGCUGGGCCUCCUCUCCACCCUCCUGGGGUACAGAGCCUGCUUCUGUCCCGCCCUGCAGAGAUCCUGGCCGCAGAGAAGGAAGUGGCCCAAAGCCUUCUCGACGCCAAGGACCAGGCCCACCGGGGUGGCUCCGAGCUGCAGCAACUGGAAGCCGAGAUCCAGAAGGCCGGGGAGAAGGACGCUCAGCUCAAGGCCAGCCUCCAUCAGCUCACCAGGGAGCUGGAGGAGCUCAAAGAGGUGGAGGCCGAUCUUGAGAGGCAGGAGAAGGACGUGGACGAGGACACGACGGUCACCAUCCCGUCCGCCGUGUACGUGGCCCAGCUGUACCGUCGGGUUAGUAAAAUCGAGUGGGAUUACGAGUGUGAGCCGGGUGUGAUCAAAGGCAUCCACCACGGCCCCGGGAUGGCCCAGCCCAUCCACCUGGACAGCUCCCAGCUCUCCCAGAAGUUCACCAGCGACUACCUCUGGAGCCUGGUGGACACCGCGUGGUAGCCGGGGGCUCGCUGCGGCUGCACACCGGGGCAGCCACCGGGCCGGGGCGGGUGGAAAACGAAAUGUCUCUGCAGGGCGGGCGGGUUCCUUCGUUAAUAGGA